CACAGCUGACUGGACGCGCGCAGCCGUUCGCUCUCCGUGGUGCUGAAUGUUCUCCUAACCGCUACCUGCCUCACCGUAGAUCCUCACGAAAGAUAAGGGAGAGUGGAGCUUCUUCCACUGGAAAAUAGCCAUACAAUUUUGGACUUUUCCGCAUAAUCAUCGACGUUGUUUUCUCUCUUGAUCUUAUCAUAUUAUGGAUACAUUUCAAACCUUAUCAAAAGGGUGAUUAUUAAUUUUUUUUUACCAAUUGACUGGGAUCUGUAGCCUACAAGAUGGCACUGAAUGGAUGUACAUUGCAUAAGGCAAAGGAAGAUUUAUCAGACUGCUGUUUUGUGACUGUGAAACCAUACCAUAUCAGAUUGUUCGCCUAAUUCUGCAAUAUAAUCGUUUUUUCUCAGCUCAUUCAAUACACCUGGCAUUGGAUGUCUAAACCUCGAUUUUCUUCCCAGAAAGAGGCACAUAAUUCGGAAUAACAUUUGACCAAAUAUGUUUAACAAUAUUCCCUAUUUGAAUUCUUUAUCGUAAUAUCAAAGAAAUCGAGCUGAAAUCAAGAAGAAUUUGGAAUCAUGGAAUCCGAACCCGAACCCGUUAAGCAUCGGGCUUUCCCGCCCAGUAAAGAAGGGCUGAAGAAUUUGGCAGGAAAGACCUUCGGCCAUCUGUACAGGUAAAGAAAAUAUCUCGAACACUUCCCCUUACUCUCUGUCUACUUUUCACCUCGGUAAUAAAUAGGGAAUUGAAAUGUUAAACUAUAUAUCCAUAUGCAAUGCAGGUGUGAAUUGCCUCCUGUCUCAUCCAGGCAAUGAGAAAAAAAUCUCACUAGCACCCAAACCCCAUGAGAAAUAAAAUCUCACUUGCACCAAAAACCAAUGAGAAAAUAAAUCUCACUUGCAAAUUGGUUGCUGUGAUUCUGGACUAAAUUCAAAAGAGAAAAACACAUAUUUUUAGAUGAAUUAUCAACAGGACAGGAAUUGGAAAAGCACAAUAAUAUCAGAGUGGUCGAAUAUUUAAGGAUCUGUUAUUUCCCGGGAGAGUGAGGGUUGUGUUUUAAAUAAUUAAUGCAACAGAACGCGUCGUGACACAAGGGGUCGGGGAUAUCUGUUACAUUAUAUAUUCAUCAGUAUUAAUCAAAAUCGAUCUGUUUGAUAUCAACUGUCAUGGAACACACUCUGUUCUUUGUGGUGGUGUAAAAUGCGACACUGCAUUGGAAUCAGGGAAUAGAUUUUUACAGGAAGAUUGUAGGCUACUCCGUUGAAGAAAAUACUCGAUAUAUAUAGGCUACCAUGGUGAUCACAUUUAUUGUUUCUAAAUUCAGGUUUUGAUCGAAUCAUUUAAAAUAAUAGAAAAAAAUGAUCAUUCUAAAUUGGCUAGAUUGAAACACAUGACUUUCCAAAAGCAUAAUUUAGGCUAAUUAAUUUCGUUUUUCGUGACUGAAAAUAAUGUGAUUUUCACUAUAAAUAUUGAUGAUUGAUUGGAACAAAAUUGUAAAACACAUAUACAAUUUAAGAGCUAAUAAAAAUGUUUUACACUGCAUUUUAUUAGCAAUCAAACAUCUAUUUUUUAAACAUCUGUUUUUUUUUCGUGGUUUAUUCAUUCCAGUGUUUCUAUUCCCUGUGGUUGGAGAUGUUAACCAUUCCACUGAAUAGUAAUGCCGUGAUACAUCACACAAUUCAAUGUUGGCAGAAAGACUCUUGGUUUUCCUAUGCAAUCUUAUCUUAUCACCUCGAUCGAAUUUAGUAGCCUAUAAUUUGUUAUGAUACAUCUUACAUUUUAAUCUAAUAAAAUUCAAAACGCGAUAUUUAUACAUUUAAUUGGUUAUCUUAUUGAGCUCUCAGUAUACCGACACAGACUAAUGUCCAAAUGUAGCAUAAAUGUAAGUGCUGCUGCAAUGCGGUAUGAAGGUCGUUUUAUUGUAUUCAUUUAGCCAAGCUGUCAUUCUUAGAACAGGUGGAAAUUAAACGUUCAACGGAACAUUAAAUGGUAAAAUUUUUAAAUUUACAUUUUGCAGACGCCCUUAUCCAGAGCGACUUACAGUUAGUGAGUGCAUACAUAUUAUUUUUUUUUCAUACUGGUCCCCCGUGGGAAUCGGACCCACAACCCUGGCGUUGCAAACACCAUGCUCUACCAACUGAGCUACACGGGACUCUGUUAUAGUAUCGCAAAUAACAUCAGCACUCUACUCUUGAUUUGCACUUCAGAGUAAAAUUACUACAAUUUUCCAGGCUAUUUGAAAUUGAGUUUCAAUAUUUGAAGAAAAACAAUAUUUUUUCUCAAGUUUAUUUUUUUUAAGAGACAAAAACAGAAAGUAAUUCUGUCUAAUUUAGAGAAUUAACACUUUUUUCAUACCAAUCGAAUGAUCUUCAAGAAUUCCUUCAAACGUUCAAAAUAAGUGGAUUACAUGAAAUAAAUGUAUAUAUCCUUAUUUUUUAACCCUAUAAUACAACGAAAUGUCCCCUCUUCCUCACCAUAGCUAUCUAUCUACUGUUAAUUAACUUAGCCUAUAGACCUAUUCAAUUUAAACUGUUUGCCAUAUAACUUUUAAAUAGGCCUGAUAAUUGCAAGAAUAGCCAAAUAUUUGGAGGAUUUUUUUCAAGGAAAUAAAGGAUGUUAUUAAUAGUCCUACUGGUGCUUGUUUGGUCUAAAGGGUGGUGGAGAAACGUCAGAAGACAGGUGAGGUGAUCGAGCUAACGGAGGACGGACGGCCGUCGGAGCAACGAGAGAAGAAACCGCCUUUAUGUGACUGCACGUGCUUCGGCCUCCCGCGCCGUUACAUCAUCGCAAUCAUGAGCGGCCUCGGAUUCUGCAUCUCCUUCGGCAUCCGGUGUAACCUGGGCGUGGCUAUCGUAGGCAUGGUCAAUAACAGCACCAUGCACAAGGACGGCAAGAUCGUCAUCACAGAGGUGCCUAUCAUAUUUUCUGCAUUUCAAAUGGCACACUAUUCCAUAAUGCACUACUUUUGAUCAGGGGCCAAUCCGUCCCAAAUGGCACCCUAUUCCAUACAUAGUGAACUGGUUUUUUACCAGAACCCUAGGGCCCCUCAAAUGGCACCCUAUUCCAUACAUAGUGAACAUGGUGAUCAGGGCCCCUCAAAUGGCACACUAUUCCCUAUGGGACCUGGUCAAAAGCAGUGCGCUAUAUAGGCAGUGAAUUGGUUGGCACUUGGAAUGGAACCAUAUGACCAAGUCCCCGCCCCCCUCUUCUUCUGCAUAUGAGAUAGCGAGGCACGAUUUCAAUUGAAUGAGUCAUCCAACAAACAGACACCAUAGCCCACAUAAGCCCCGCAGUCAUCACGACUUUUAGGAUAGGGCAUAAUGUUUGCAAACUUAAAUUCGCAAAUGAAUAGAGUUGGAAUUCAAACUUUGAUCCUUUUUCCAUCCCUUUCUGUUGGCCCAAGCAACAUUCUUGUUGGAAUGACCUUAUAAGAAUCGAACGCCUGUAUGACAGUAUUAUUUGAAACAUUUCACACAAUUUGAGUCGAUGUUUAUGAAAAAGAGGACAAUCAGGACAUUGUUAUGCAUAUGGUUCAUGAAUAACUCACCCUUGUGUUUCUACGUGUUAUUGUUUGGUUUUGGGAAGAAAGCGAAGUUCAACUGGGAUCCAGAGACGGUGGGGAUGAUCCACGGUUCAUUCUUCUGGGGUUACAUCGUCACACAAAUACCCGGAGGGUGGAUAUGCUCACGACUAGCAGCAAACAGGUAAAUGUCAUCAGAAAAUUUGAUUUUAACCAUAUUAAAUAGUAUAACAUGUAUCUAUAGUGAAGUUUCCUUUGGGAAAAAAGUAGGCCAAAUAAAGUUAUUAUAGUAUAUUCCUUCCUGUUCAAUUCUAGCUGCUUCUCAUCUAUCUACCUGUGAGAUGUAUAAGCAGAGAACAUAGUUUCAGUUUGAAGCAGACACUUGCUAAAGCCAGAUGCGGAUGUCAGACGCAGACGGGUGGAUUUAGCGGUGUCGCGGGGGAGGGGGGGGGGGGGUUAGGCUCUGACCUCGCGCCAGAUAUUGGGGAUUCUAUUAGUGGCGGCGAGGCGUGCCUCCUCGUGCCUCAUCGUGAUAAUGAGCUCCCGCGGGACUUCCGUGUCGAAUCUUAUUUUUUUCUUCGGUGGGAGGCAUGGCAACGGGUAGUAGUAAUGCGAGACAUGUUAUGUGCACUCGUGUGUUCACAAGAUAGGAAGAUAUAAAAAUGAACAAGUAGGCCUAUAAUUUUAAUUACCAAUUGUUGCUUUAAAUUAAAUGUUCACCUUUCAUUAGACAACAUUAUAGGCUAUAUACACAACCAUAAGAAAAUAAUGUAUGUGGAAAUAGGCAAUAUUCUAUUCUGUAAAUCGCUCUGGAUAAGAGCGUCUGCUAAAUGACUAAAAUGCAAAUGUAAAUGUAUUAUAUUAUAUUCCUAUCCACAUUGAGACAGGAUUGAGAUGAGAAAUGUUCUAUUGGUUUAGUGUAAUUCAGCAGGGACCAGCUGAGCACCUUCUGCUGUAGCAGACAGACUCUGUCCUCACCUUCUCAUUUCACCCCUAAACGAAGCUUCAGCUGAAAUUAACACGUUUUAUUUCAGUAUGCUACAGGUGUUUGGUUCUUUCUUUUCUAAUUUCUUGAUUAUUUUACGUUUUAAACGUCCAGCAUGAUAGUUAGAAUAAAUAGAGCGUAAACAGGAAUAUUUUAGCUGUAGAUGAAAUAUGAUAAUAAUGAAACCAUUUUGUUGGAACAUCAUUCCAUGUACAGUAUUUUAUGUCCACUUCGGUUUAAAGCACAGUAUUCAUUCAAUUGAUAUGCUAGGGACAGCUAAUGUAUGGGAUUGGGAUUGGAUGGAUUACAAAUAGUGUUUCAAUUGUUUUCCCCUUUUGUUCAUAGAGUGUUUGGGCUAGCCAUCUUCCUGACGUCCACCCUCAACAUGCUCAUCCCCUCCGCGGCUCGGGUGGACUACCGCUGCGUCAUCUGCGUCAGGAUACUACAGGGUCUGGUGGAGGUAAAACCGUGGGCUGCUGAUUGGUUGGUUUGGUUGGAUGGGGAUUUCUUACAGCAUUCUGUGUCCUACACCACACUCGUUGUUUAACCUUCCACUGACGUCAGAAUACCUAUUCCCCAAGGGAGACCUGGUCAUUAAUUAUGCAUAUCAGCAUUAAAAGAAACCAAUAGGUAUGUACAAAUCAAUAACACGAGAAAGGUCCACAAGACACGUCUCUGCUGCUAACUAAGAUGCCUCUCUGCUUCCCAUUACUCCCAAUAAUACAGUUAAAUACUGUAGGUCUGGUUGUAGAAUGCAGCACUGUUCUUAUUGGAUGCCCUAGUUGUGGCUCAGUAUUAUGGAGAGUGUCUAUUUCUAGACGUUUGAUGUUCAUUCAAGAUCAUCACAGAGGUCACAUGACCGGUAUACCAUAUCACUAAAGCAUUAGUGUUCAUGGAAGUCUACUGUGUACACAGGUACACGGAUAAUGCAUUUUUAAAAAUGUGCACGCUUUAAAAUGCAGCAUCGUUCUAUCCGUGUAACUGCAUACAAUGGAUGCUGUUUUUGUGGGGAACCACUUAGACUCUUUCAUACCUGACCCUGAGCUUUAGAGCAAACAAGAAACAUACCUGAGAAAUAUGGGGGGGAGGGGGAGAGACGUAGGGAUGUUCACAUAUAAAGAAACAUACCAAAAGACGGGACAACAAAGUGACGUCAUCAUCAAACCAAAUAGAGAAUGAAAGGAUGAUGUAGCAGCAGUGAAAGAAUACUAUCCGACUGAAGGAUGAUGUAGCAGCAGUGAAAGACUACUAUCAUUUACAUUACAGUCAUUUAGCAGACGCUCUUAUCCAGAGCGACUUACAGGAGCAAUUAGGGUUAAGUGCCUUGCUCAACAGGCACAUCGACAGAUUUUUCACCUAGUCGGCUCGGGGAUUAGAACCAGCGACCUUUCAGUUACUGGCACAACGCUCUUAACCACUAAGCUACCUGCCGCCCCGGCAGUCUGAAGAUCAUCCUUCCUUUAUUAUUAUUUUUCAUUUUAAUGCUCCUGUUCUAUGAAUAGAAUCCUCCCUCCCUCCCUAUCGCUCCAACAGCCAGCCUCCAUCCGCCAGCCCUCCAGCCGCCCAUCCCGCAUCGCGCCACUCGCACUCUCCACCUCCAUAUCGCCAUCCCCUCCAUCCCUCUCCAUCCUCCAGCCUCCAUCCGCUCAGCCUCCACCCUCAUGCGCCUCCACUCUCCACCCCGCCAUGCCCAGUCUCCAGCCCGCUCCAUCCCUCUCCAGCCCUCGCCAUCCUCCACGGCUCUCCCACCCCGCCAUCCUCCACUCUCCAUCCGCACCAUCCCCUCCACUCUCCAUCCCCACCGCCUCCAGCUCUCCAGCUCUCCAUCCCCGCCCGCCUCCCCUCGCCCAUCCUUCCAUCCCUCCACCUCCCACCUCACUCCAUGCCUCGCAGCCCCAUCUCCAGCCACGCUCCAGCCCUCGCCAUCCUCCAUCCUCCAUCUCUCCAACCCACUCAUCCAUCUCCAUCCCGCCACUCGCCAUCCCGCCCAGUCUCCCAUCCCCUCCCCAUCUCUCCAUCUCUCCACUCUCCAUCCCUCUCCAUCUCUCAUCCCCAUCCUCCAUCCCUCCAUCUCUCCAUCUCUCCAUCCUCUCCAUCCCUCUCCAUCCCCCCCCAUCUCUCCAUCUCUCCAUCCCUCUCCAUCCCCCUCCAUCUCUCCAUCUCUCCAUCUCUUCAUCCCUCCAUCCCUCAGUAAAGAAACAGAAGCAGUCUGUGUCUGUGCUCUGUGCUCCAUGUGCAUCGACUUAUUACUGCAAAUUAAACAUUAGCAUUUCAGGGUGACUCCCACAGCAAGCCCAAGCAAUUUGUGUCUAUCAAUAGUUGAUUGUGUGCCACUUACUGAGUAAUUGAAAAUGUAUGGGAGCAACGAAGUAGGCUCGUUAGCUUGAGUCUGCCCUGGCUGACUCAGUCUCAGGUUAUGUCUCAAAUGGCACCCUAAUCCAUAUAUAGUCUCAAAUGGCACCCUAUUCCAUAUAUAGUCCCAAAUGGCACCCUAUUCCAUAUAUAGUCUCAAAUGGUGCCCUAUUCCAUAUAUAGUCUCUAAUGGCACUUUAUUCCAUAUAUAGUCUCAAAUGGCACCCUAUUCCAUAUAUAGUCUCAAAUGACACCCUAUUCCAUAUAUAGUCUCAAAUGGCACCCUAUUCCAUAUAUAGUCUCAAAUGGUGCCCUAUUCCAUAUAUAGUCUCAAAUGGCACCCUAUUCCAUAUAUAGUCUCAAAUGGCACCCUAUUCCAUAUAUAGUCUCAAAUGGUGCCCUAUUUCAUAUAUAGUCUCAAAUGGCACUUUAUUCCAUAUAUAGUCUCAAAUGGUGCCCUAUUCCAUAUAUAGUCUCAAAUGGCACUUUAUUCCAUAUAUAGUCUCAUAUGGCACUUUAUUCCAUAUAUAGUCUCAAAUGGCACCCUAUUCCAUAUAUAGUCUCAAAUGGCACCCUAUUCCAUAUAUAGUCUCAAAUGGUGCCCUAUUCCAUAUAUAGUCUCAAAUGGCACUUUAUUCCAUAUAUAGUCUCAAAUGGUGCCCUAUUCCAUAUAUAGUCUCAAAUGGCACUUUAUUCCAUAUAUAGUCUCAAAUGGCACCCUAUUCCAUAUAUAGUCUCAAAUGGCACCCUAUUCCAUAUAUAGUCUGAAAUUGCACUUUAUUUCAUAUAUAGUCUCAAAUGACACCCUGUUCCAUAUAUAGUCUCAAAUGGUGCCCUAUUCCAUAUAUAGUCUCAAAUGGCACUUUAUUCCUUAUAUAUUCUCAAAUGGCACUUUAUUCCAUAUGUAGUCUCAAAUGACACCCUAUUCCAUAUAUAUUAUUCCUUAAGCAGUGCACUACUUUUGACCAGGGCCAAAUAGAGUGCCAUGUAAGACACAGCAUACAGUCCCACCUCAACCCAUUUAUCCAGAUUAGGAAAGUUCAGCUCAGAUGUGUCAUGUCAGUUAGUUUUUGAUAAGAUAUAAUUAUCUUGCUUGUAUUUGACUAAUGAGAGAAACUGGCUGCUCAGUUGUCAGUGCCAUUUACAUACACUGACUCAUCCCAAUCGGAUUUAAUACUGAAUAUUUGUUUGAAGAUAUUAAAUCCUAUUUGAUUAAGUCAUUUGGAAAUUGUCCACGUCGUUUUUAAGGUCAGGAUAUAAGAGAGGAAUUAAUGUAGGACUGAAUUACAUGACCCAGUCUGUCUGUCCGUCUGUUUGUCUGUCCGUCUGGACUGGACUACAUUGACCCACUCUGUCGGUCGGUCGGUUUGUCCGUUUCUCUGUCCAGUCUGUCUGUCUGGUCAACAGGAUUGCCAUAUUUUCUGUGUUCCUCCAUAGGGAGUGACCUACCCAGCCUGUCAUGGCAUCUGGAGUAAGUGGGCCCCACCACUGGAGCGGAGCCGUCUGGCCACCACGUCCUUCUGUGGAUCCUAUGCUGGUGCUGUGAUAGCCAUGCCUCUGGCUGGGAUCCUGGUCCAGUACUCUGGCUGGUCCUCCGUCUUCUAUCUGUAUGGUAAGUUCAUCAGCUGGAAAAACAGUGCCAAUUGGUACUGAGUGGACCACCCUGGCUAAUUCACUGUUCACAGUUAAAAUACCUACAUCUGUCCUAGGGGAUCCUUUUUGAGACAAAGAUAGUCUAUUUUAGUUUUUUGCUUCUCUCUCUCUCUCUCUCUCUCCUUCUCUCUCUCCUCUCCUCUCUCUCUCUCUCUCUCUCUCUCUCUCCUCUCUCUCUCUCUCUCUCUCUCUCUGUCUCUCUCUCUAGGCUGCUUUGGGAUGUUCUGGUACAUGUUCUGGAUCCUGGUGUCCUAUGAGAGCCCAGAGGUUCACCCCACCAUCACCGCCGAGGAGAGACGUUACAUCGAGGAGAGUAUCGGAGAGGGUCAAGAACUAUUCGGUCCGGCUAGCGUGAGUUCCUCUCCUUCUCUUCUCCUCCUGCUCCACCUAUCCAACUAACUGACAUGUGCUCUGCUAUUACACCUAUGGCUCUGUAGAAAUACAAGACUCCGUGGAGGAAGUUCUUCACCUCAAUGCCCGUCUAUGCCAUCAUCGUGGCCAACUUCUGCAGGAGCUGGACCUUCUACCUGCUCCUCAUCAGCCAGCCAGCCUACUUCGAGGAGGUGUUCGGCUUCGAGAUCAGCAAGGUAAAAUGACGAGCCAUUCACUCACAAUGCCAGCCGGGUAUGAAUAGUUGGCUUGAUUUGUGUAACACAUACCGUGCAGACAAAACUCAUCAGACGUUCAAAUAAAAAAAAAUCUGUUGUAUCAGAACCAUUGUGUCAAAUGCAUUGUACAUCACCGAGUGUUACAGGGGGCAUAUCAAUUGCUGCACGGAGUACCAGUGUUGGAUUUCAUUUCCACUUCGUAACGUUGAGGGUAAAUGUCCCCUAGACACCAAACACAGACACAUUCUGGUCUGCGUCCCAAAUGGCAACCCUAUUGGGGGCACUACUUUAAACCAGGGCUCUGAUCAAAAGUAGUGCAAUGAAUAGUUUGAAUAGAUUGUUGUUCCCAGGGAGACGAUAUAACUCAGGCAGUUCUGACAGGCGUAAUUCAGGUGCUGGGUGGAUCUCUGGCCUCUUGUGGAUCAGGGGGUGUGAAUUAUAGCCUGGGGUGUGAUAUUGGGGUCAGGGGUUAAAGCUCGUACUAAGAUUUGUUCUGGGAGAAUCACUGUUUUUUGGGGGAUAUACAUUUUGAGCUGUCAUAUUGGAGGAUGGAUUUAGAGGUGCAGCUUGAAAGAUGAUAUCUCGGUUUUGUCCUCCCUCGCACCCUGCAGUGUUAUUGUUAUCAUGAUACAUUAUCCCAUCAUGAUACAUUAUCCCAUCAUGAUACAUUAUCCCAUCAUGAUACAUGGGAACAUGUCAAGCCCAUGAAUGACAAACUAAUCUGCAUUUGAAAGUUCUCAACACAUAACAACAUACAAGGAGAAAAUACACAAAUGUUGGAAACAGACUUCUGAAAUGAACUUUGACACUUAACGAAUAUGUAUCUAGAUAGGCCAUUUCAUGGAUUGUCAGUUUGCAUUGACUGCCAUGUUGAUGUUAAUUACAGUCAACUUGAAACUUGAAAUGUUUAUGGUUUACUAUUUGUGUUGUCAGGUGGGCAUGGUGUCAGCCCUGCCUCACUUACUGAUGACCAUCAUCAUGCCCGUUAAUGUUAUUCCUAUUGUUGAUGUUUGUGUUGUCAGGUGGGCAUGGUGUCGGCCCUGCCCCACUUGGUGAUGACCAUAAUCGUGCCCAUCGGAGGACAGCUGGCUGACUGGCUACGCAGCAGGAACAUCCUGUCUACUACCACCGUCAGGAAGAUCAUGAACUGUGGAGGUGAGGGCUACAUAAGGACUUCAUAAGGACUUCAUAAGGACUUCAUAAGGGCUACAUAGAGACUUUGUAACACAUUCAUAAUCUAUACAGAUCAUCCUGUCAACUUCCACCAUCAUGUCUGGAAGAUCAUGAACUGUAGAGAUAAGGAUUAGAUACAUAAGGACUUCAUAACACAUUCAUAACCUGUUCAUAACACAUUCAUAACCUAUACAUAACACAUUCAUAACCUAUACAUAACACAUUCAUAACCUAUACAUAACACAUUCAUAACCUGUUCAUAACACAUUCAUAACCUGUUCAUAACACAUUCAUAACCUAUACAUAACACAUUCAUAACCUAUACAUAACACAUUCAUAACCUAUACAUAACACAUUCAUAACCUAUACAUAACACAUUAAUAACCUGUUCAUAACACAUUCAUAACCUAUACAUAACACAUUCCUAACCUGUUCAUAACACAUUCAUAACCUGUUCAUAACACAUUCCUAACCUCUUUAUAACACAUUCCUAACCUAUACAUAACACAUUCCUAAUCUGUUCAUAACACAUUCAUAACCUGUUCAUAACACAUUCAUAACCGCUUUAUAACACAUUCCUAACCUAUACAUAACACAUUCAUAACCUCUUCAUAACACAUUCCUAACCUCUUUAUAACACAUUCAUAGCCUAUACAUAACACAUUCAUAACCUCUUCAUAACACAUUCCUAACCUGUUCAUAACACAUUCAUAACCUCUUCAUAACACAUUCCUAACCUCUUCAUAACACAUUCAUAACCUAUACAUAACACAUUCAUAACCUGUUCAUAACGCAUUCAUAACACAUUCAACACCCAGAACAUCGCUGAUCCACGUCACCAAGGAUAAUAACUACGCUGUAGGUCACCAAGGAUAAUAACUAUGCUGUAGGUCACCAAGGAUAAUAACUAGGCUGUAGGUCACCAAUGAUAAUAACUAUGCUGUAGGUCACCAAGGAUAAUAAAAAACUACGCUGUAGGUCACCAAGGAUAAUAACUACGUGUAUGUCACCAAGUCAUAAUAACUAGGCUGUAGGUCACCAAGGAUAAAACUAGGCUGUAGGUCACCAAGGGAUAAUAAACUGGCUGUAGGUCACAAGGAUAAUAACUAGCUGUAGCGUCACCAAGGAUAAAAUAGGCGUAGGUUCACCAAGGAUAAUAAAACUAGGUUGAGGUCACCAAGGAUAAUAAUUAGGCUGAUAGGUCACCAAGGAAAUAAACUAGACUGUAGGUCACCCAAGGAUAAUAUAGCUGUAGGUCACCAAGGAUAAUAACUAGGAGUGUAGGUCACCAAGGAUAAUAACUAGGCUGUAGGUCACCAAGGAUAAUAACUAGGCUGUAGGUCACCAAGGAUAAUAACUAGGCUGUAGGUCACCAAUGAUAAUAACUAGGCUGUAGGUCACCAAGGAUAAUAACUAGGCUGUAGGUCACCAAGGAUAAUAACUAGGCUGUAGGUCACCAAGGAUAAUAACUAGGCUGUAGGUCACCAAGGAUAAUAACUAGGCUGUAGGUCACCAAGGAUAAUAACUAGGCUGUAGGUCACCAAGGGUUAAUAACUAGGCUGUAGGUCACCAAGGAUAAUAACUAGGCUGUAGGUCCCAAGGAUAAUAACUAGGCUGUAGGUCCCAAGGUAUAAUAACUAUGCUGUAGGUCACCAAUGAUAAUAACUAGGCUGUAGGUCACCAAGGAUAAUAACUAGGCUGUAGGUCACCAAGGUUAAUAACUAGGCUGUAGGUCACCAAGGUAAUAACUAGGCUGUAGGUCACCAAGGAUAAUAACUAGGCUGUAGGUCACCAAGGUAAUAACUAGGCUGUAGGUACCAAGGAUAAUAACUAGGCUGUAGGUGACCAAGGAUAUAACUAGGCUGUAGGUCACCAAGGAUAAUAACUAGGCUGUAGGUCACCAAGGAUAAUAACUAGGCUGUAGGUCACCAAGGAUAAUAACUAGGCUGUAGGGUCACCAAGGAUAAUAACUAGGCUUGUCACCAAGGAUAAAGGCCUUGUAGGUGAUCCACGGAUAAUAACUAGGCUGUAGGUGGCACCAAGGAUAAUAACUAGGCUGUAGGGUCACCAAGGAUAAUAACUAGGCUGUAGGUCACCAAGGAUAAUAACUAGGCUGUAGGUCACCAAGGAUAAUAACUAGGCUGUAGGUCACCAAGGAUAAUAACUAGGCUGUAGGUCACCAAGGAUAAUAACUAGGCUGUAGGUCACCAAGGAUAAUAACUAGGCUGUAGGUCACCAAGAAGCGCACUAACAGUAAUAGGGAUUUCCUUUACUCUUGCUUGCACUGAUUUUGCAGAUAGUGACUUGUUUAAAGUGGGUUUCACUUGCAAUGGUUGUGAUAUGAGGUUGUUUUACUAUACCUACUGAUUGAAAGUCACUCUAGAUAAGAGCAUCUGCUAAAUGACUAAAAUGUCAUGCAAAUGGUCAAAGGUAGGCAAUGACCAAUGCUGUGUCUGUGUGUUGUUGCCUGUGUGCAGGGUUUGGAAUGGAGGCCACCUUGCUUCUUGUGGUUGGUUUCUCUCACACCAAGGGUGUGGCCAUCUCUUUCCUGGUCAUGGCUGUCGGCUUCAGUGGCUUCGCUAUAUCAGGUGAGUACUAGAACAUUUUAAAGAUUUGCAAACAAUUAAAAGUUGAACACUCUCUUUUAGGCCGGGAUUUGAUCAUUUCGCGCUUUGUCGGGUAUGCACCUUUCAAAGGCAGUAUUUCUGCGUUCACAAAAAAUAAAAAUAAAUACAACCUUUAACAAUUGCUUAAUCCGCGUUAUUCUGUGAAUUGAGUGGACUUCAAAUGGACAAGAAUUUGAGAUAAUGUGUUAGUUUGUUUACGCAACAAACUCUGCUCGAAGUGAGCUAAACUUGAACAAGCUUGUUGAGUAAAAUUACAAAUUCAUGUUUGCUCCAAACCACUCACAUCAUUAUCAUAUUUCCCAGCAUGCUCUAUCGCAGGUUGAUUUUCAAAAAAGUUUGUUUCAGUAUAUGGCUUUUCCAGUUGAUAUGAUUUAGGUAGUCUUAAUAAUCAAUCUUCCCUACCCCGGCAGUCAUUCUCAAUGCAGGUUGCGGAUGAUUAAAAGUUCCAAUUGUUGGAACUACACAUGACUUUGCAAGCUUGAUGUGGCGUUUCAGACCACUGUGUUAGGGGGUAACUGAACCCUCAAAUAAAGGUAUUCUGAUAUACUGUUUCAAAUCUUGUGUCAUACAUUUUUUAAUUUGAAAGAUAACAACGCUACACGUUCACUUGGACACUCACUUGGUGAACGCUACAGGACCGAAAGGCAUUGAAUACAACAACCAUGUCUCUGUCGCUAACAAACACAGUCAUGGGGUGGUAACUACAAUUCACUCAAAAAGGCACAAAUAUGCAAAUAAAGGUAGAAUAAAUGAUCUGGUUGAAUUGUGUGUUCACUCAACCUAAAAUUCUGAUUUUAAAAUCACAUACACUGCACUGUUGAUCUUUCUUGACCAUUUUCAUUAAAACGAUGUACUCUGUAGGUUUCAAUGUGAACCACCUGGAUAUCGCCCCCCGCUACGCCAGUAUCCUGAUGGGUAUAUCUAACGGUGUGGGAACCCUGUCAGGGAUGGUUUGCCCUCUAAUCGUGGGGGCCAUGACCAAAAACAAGGUGCACAUUCUGUUUCAGAAAGCUAGUCGUUUUUUGGGUAUGUGCUUAACAGUUGCGGCUGGUGACUUAAAUGUUGUACAAUUCCCAACUGGUUAACCACAAUACACCACUAUAAUUGUUAUGGUUUACCAUGUAUAGACAAAGUAUGUUCCUUCACGCCAACAGAAGUUCAAGUUCAAGUUUAUUUGUCCUGUUAUAAUCACAUUUGAAAUCUUACUCACCAGAGCUCCCAUUUCCUGUGUGUUCUGGCAUCACUUCCUGUCUCUAGACUCGAGAGGAGUGGCAGUGGGUGUUCCUCAUCGCUGCCCUGGUUCACUACGGAGGGGUCAUUUUCUACGGGAUCUUUGCGUCGGGCGAGAAGCAGCCGUGGGCCGACCCGGAGCUGACCAGCGACGAGAAGUGUGGCUUCAUCGACGAGGACGAGCUGGCAGAGGAGACGGGUGACAUCACACAGGGCUAUAGUGGUGGCAUGGCGGCAAUAGGGGCAGGGAAGAGUUACGGGGCCACUACAACUGGGCUCAACGGAGGCUGGGUGGCCCCAGACAGCUGGGAGAAA